GCGAUUGAGCUUGAAUGCGUUGCUCUCAAGAAACAUGAUUAUCUAACAGUAUGAAUGAAAAUUACGAGAUAACUGCAAUUCUUCUGUAAGGUACGGAUGAGCGCCAUGAGUGGGAUACUGAAGAGGAAGUUUGCGGAGGUGGAGGUGGAGGCCGCGGCCACCUCACCGUGCACGUCUCCGCGCGGGUCCGAGGACGACGACGUGUCCAGCAGCGAGAGCGGGGACAGCAGGGACAGCCUCAAUCCCACCACGUCACGCUUCUCUCCCGCGUCCAUCCUGAAGCGGGAGAAGCGCAUGCGGACGCGGCGGGUGCACUUUGAGACGGUGACGGUGUACUACUUCAGCCGGAGGCAGGGCUUCACCAGCGUGCCCAGCCAGGGGGGCAGCACCCUGGGCAUGGCCAGCAGGCACAGCUGCGUGCGCCAGUACACGCUGGGCGAGUACGCCCUGGAGCAGGAGCGCAUCCACCGCGGCAUGCUGCGCGACCACCUCAAGGAGGAGAAGCUCAACGCCAUCAAGCUCCGGCUGACAAAGAACGGCUCGGUGGAGUCGGAAGAGGCCAGCGCGCUGACGCUGGACGACAUCUCGGACGACGACCUGGACCUGGACAACACGGAGGUGGACGAGUACUUCUUCCUGCAGCCGCUGACCACCAAGAAGCGGCGUGCGCUGCUGCGCGCCUCGGGCGUCAAGAAGAUCGACGUGGAGGAGAAGCACGAGCUGCGCACCAUCCGCGUCUCCCGCGAGGACUGCGGCUGCGACUGCAGGGUCUUCUGCGACCCCGAGACCUGCGCCUGCAGCAUGGCAGGGAUCAAGUGCCAGGUGGACCGCAUGUCCUUCCCCUGCGGCUGCACCAAGGAGGGCUGCAGCAACUCCACGGGCCGCAUCGAGUUCAACCCCAUCCGCGUGCGCACCCACUUCCUGCACACCAUCAUGAAGCUGGAGCUGGAGAAGAGCCGCGAGCAGCAGCAGCAGCAACAACAACACCAUCAACAACAACAACAACAACAACAGCCACAGCAGCAGACAGUCCAAGGGCAGGUCGCCUCUGGUAACGGUUACCACGGAGAGAGCAACGGACACUGCGGCCCGUUGGUGGCAACGCAGUCGCAGCACGGCCUGGAGUUCUCUCUGUCCGAUUCUGUCCAGCAGACGGCCAUCAUGCACUUACAGGCGGCCGAGGAGAUGGACGAAGGGAUGGAGGACGAGGACGAUGAGGAAGAGGAGGAGGAUGACGAGGACGACGAAGAUGAUGAUGAGGAGGAGAACGACGAGGAUGAAGAUGACGAGGAGUCGGAGGAGAACAGCAGCAUAUGCAGCGGCCUGUCCGACUCCAGCACACAGAGCCUAGCCGUCAGUGACUCUGAAGAUGAGGAGGACGAUGAUGAUGAAGAGGAGGAGGAGGAGGAAGAGGAGGAAGAAGAGGUGGAGGAAGAGAAGCAGGAGGACAUCCAGAAAGGGCUGAAUAGUACCAACACAACCAACACCACCAACACCACCAACAAUAACACUACCACCACUAACCACAAUGUUAACGCUAACAGCAACAGUAAUGGGCUGAGUGGCACCAACAGCAAUGCUAACUCCAUCGCAACCGCACCUGAGACUCUCUCAGAAGCUCAGUGCUACACAAAUGGCACAGAGGCGCAGGACAGAAACACCAACACCAACACCAACGGCAACACCAACGGCAACACCAACGGCAAUGAGUAUUUUCUGAGCCCCGCACCCAAGUACUAUCAGAUGGAGAACGCUGCUGCUGCUGCUGCUGCCACCAUAGCUCCGGCCAAUCAGGAGGCCUCCCAAGAGUCGUCCACAUUCCAAGACAGGAUUGCCAAGGGCAACGGGCCGCUGUUGCCGAUGCCGUUCGCCGCGCCUCCCGAGCAGCAGUACUCCGACUACGCGCCGCAGACGGACGAGCCGUUCACCAACGGCCACCGCUUCACCACGCUCUCCAACGGGGGCUCCUCCGCCACCGCGGUCACCUGCGGCUCCUCGGAGCCGGAUAAAGCCCCUCCGGCCAAGGCGGCCUUCGGCAACCAGGCAGGACAGCUCACGCAGAUUGACUUUCAGAACUACCUGAACAAUAACGGACACGACCACUACGCCACAAACGGCAACUGCUUCGGGCUGGAGCCGCUCGGCUCGGAGGCCGCGCACAGUCUGCCUGAGGUGCCGGUGCUGCCGGACGCCGCCAAGGCCCCUCCGUUGCUAGAGAGUCUCCAGGAAGUGACCCCCGUCUAGGAGACACGGUCUGUUUAAGAACUACUUUCAUCAAUUUAUCGUUUCAUUGGGAUGUCAGAAUUUAUGAACAUUCGUUUCACUUGUUCAACAAGUAACAAGCUAAUAACUUGCACAUUGAUAUUUUGGGUUUUAUCACGUAUGUGAUAUUACAUGAUGGGCAGUGGGUCUAUAAUAUGAAAUAUAUGACUUUCUUAUGACCCAGGGAAAAGAAAUAAAAGCUGAAAAAUUAACGCAGUUGAGAAAAACUGUAAGCUUUAGGCCUGUGCAAUGUAUCUUGUAAUUUCAGAAGUGAAAGUUCUAGUUUUCAUCUGAUAUUGUGAGUAGAACUUUUCUAUGUCUAUGUGUGAAUAGUGCAAAAAAAAAAAAAGAUUGUCGCAGUUUAAUAUGGUCUGAUGUAUGUGUUUACUUAUGAUUGUUUUGAUAAAGCAUGUCAUUUUUUUAAGCAUUUUUGUUGGCAAAUGAUGUUUUUAUAUUAAAAAGAAAAACGCAUUAAUGUACCGUUUAAAGAAUCAUGCCGUUACAUAUGUAAAUCAUACUUUAAGUGCGUUUUUAAAAGCAUGACACUACGCUCUGAAAAUUUAACCUCUCCGCCUUGUGUUACUGAUCAUACCAAACACUAAAAAAACAAAACAAAAGAGUAAAUUCAUACGACAUAUUGCACUUUUGAUGGGGAUGGGGGGACAGAUGCCAUUACUGAUCUCGAAAAUCA